UUAAACCCCAGGGAGAACUCUGUACAGUGUACACCAGGAGAAAGCUGCAGCACAUCCUACUACAACUCAGAAGGACUCACCAUGAGCACAGCUGGGCAAGUAAUCAAAUGUAAAGCUGCGGUGUGCUGGGCACCUAAACAACCGCUCAGCAUAGAAGAGAUUGAGGUUGCACCACCAAAGGCUCAUGAAGUUCGCAUCAAGAUUGUGGCGACUGGAGUUUGUCGUUCAGAUGAUCAUGUUAUAAGUGGUGCUUUAGAUGUGAAAUUCCCUGUGAUUCUGGGCCAUGAAGCUGCUGGGAUUGUAGAGAGUGUUGGUGAAGGAGUAACAGAUCUGAAACCCGGAGACAAAGUCAUCCCACUGUUUAUGCCUCAGUGUGGAAAAUGCAGAUGUUGUGUGAAUCCAGACAGCAAUCUUUGCUACAAAAAUGAUCUUGGGAAAUAUAAUGGAGUGCUAUUGGACAACACCAGCAGAUUUACCUGCAAGGGGAAACCUGUUCAUCACUUCCUCACUUCCAGCACUUUUACCGAGUACACAGUGGUUGAUGAAAUUGCUGUUGCUAAAAUACACCAGGAUGCCCCGCUGGAUAAGGUCUGCCUCAUUGGCUGUGGAUUCUCCACCGGAUAUGGCUCUGCUGUGAAUACUGCUAAGGUUAAACCCGGAUCUACCUGUGCAGUAUUUGGUCUGGGAGGAGUGGGUUUGUCAGUGAUUAUUGGAUGUAAAGUAGCUGGUGCUUCCAGAAUUAUAGCCGUUGACUUAAACAGUGACAAAUUUGCAAAAGCCAAAGAGUUUGGAGCCACUGAAUGUAUCAAUCCUAAAGAUUAUGACCGUCCUAUCAAUGAAGUGCUGACAGAGAUGACUGACGAUGGAGUGGACUAUGCCUUUGAGGUCAUUGGAAACACUGGAGUCAUGCAAUCUGCUCUUAAAUCCACUCACUUUGGCUGUGGAAAAACUGUGAUUGUAGGUUUGGCUCCUUCAAACGCUACAAUUACAUUGGAUCCAAUGCUAAUUCUAACUGGACGUGUUCUGACUGGGGCCUUUUUUGGAGGUUGGAAGGGUAGAGAUGAUGUACCAAAAAUUGUGUCUGAUUAUAUAAAUAACAAAUUUGAGUUUGAUGGGCUGAUAACACACAGAUUGCCAUUUGAGAAGAUCAAUGAAGCAUUUGAACUUCUGCGCAAAGGAGAGAGUAUCCGUACAGUGUUGUCUUUUUGAAGAUCUUAAUCCCGACCAUCAUCUAACGAAGAAAUCUCCACUACUGUCGCCUUGAAAGAUGCAACCUUCAUUUAUCACAUGAAACUUUUAUUACCUCAUAUAAUAUACUGAGAGGUCUAAUGUUACAGAACAUGGUGGGUGUAUACUGUAUCUUCAAUAUAUCAUGUUAUUCACAUACACGUUAGAAAAAUGUGCCUAUUAUACGCACAAAUAAUCUGUCUAGUGGGAGAUGUAGAUUUGUUAUCUCCUCCCUUUCAUAUACAUGUUUUUGCUUUUCUUCUGUUUGCAGGAUAGCUAGCAGGAAUAAUCCCUUUUCUCAGUUGCAGAGAGCAGGUCAUCAGUGUGUGGCUCCAGCAGAUCUGCUCUCCACAAGUGAAACUGACGGUUUCCAUAUGUGCGUGUAGAUCCAGCAGGGUCACCCAAGUGCUGCAGUGGUCAUUCCUAGAGCAUUACAGCCUAGUUCUGAUGACUGAUUACAAUGUCAAGUUCCAGCUUUGUAAGGUCUCCCUUUAAUUGCAGGCAGUAUAUCUUUAAAACAUCACAUUUGCAUAUAUAAUGUGUCCUAAAAAAUAAAACAUUUCCUUAAUCGCUC